AUGUCAUCUCCAAACAACGCCCCUCAAGCCCAGGCUAUGAACAAUGAUAUCAUUUCGGGAUCUGCUUCCCAUGGCCACCGCUUCCUGAUUCCUAGUCCGAUACCUACCCGCAGGUCCAGGACCUUCUCAGCUUCCGAGCGGGCAGAGAAAGGGCCAUUAUUUCAUGGAACGGUGAAGACAUUUUGUCGACAGAUAGGCCAUGGGUUUAUUCAGCCCCAGGAUGGAUCGGACACCUUAUUUGUACACAUAUCAGACAUUGAUGGUGAAUACGUUCCAAAAGAGGGUGAUGAGGUGACCUACAAGACAGUUCUAAUUCCUCCCCGGAAUGAGAAGAUUCAAGCUGUGCAUGUGAAGAUCACUCACCUCAAACCAGGAGUCUCUCAUGAAAAAUGGGACUCGCCUCCUCAGUAA